AUGUUUCCCCGAUAUCCGGAGCCUCCACACAGCGCCAGCAGUGGCAGCAACUCGCCCAUGUACACCAUGCCCCCGGCGAACACGACAGCAGCGUUCGAGCCCUUCCUCUACGCCAGCAUGUACGAAGACAGUGAGAUUCGAAUGCCUGGAUCCAGCUUGUCGACCGCUUCAGCCAGCUCGUCCAACGCCGGUUCCCCCAUCCACAACGACUGGCGCCACCUGCCAUCGCACACAAUGGGCAUGGCUCAGCCCAGUAUUGUCGGCAACGACUACGGCGAGUACAUGGACGUUGGACACAACGGCUAUGCCGGCGCGCAAAUGGAGGACAUGCAGCUCUUUGAUUACACACAAGCCACCAAGGGCUUUGUAGAUCCCGCCAUGAUCCAACCCACCGACUCGGGCGCGCCCUUGGCCCCUCAUUACCAGCCUCACCCACACCAUCAAUAUCACACCCACUCGUACCACCCGCAUCACCCGCAACAUCAGCAACCACACUCUGCCUACCCGGUGUCGCCAUCACUCUCGGGGUCUUCUCCCAUGGCCCGCAACAGCAGUGCCUCCCCUUCUCUACUGCAGUCAACCGUUCCUUUCCACCAAGCUCCGUUCGCCCACAGUCCCUACGCCACAUCCACAGUCGACCCCCUGGCGCGUCGCCCAAGCAUGGCCAGCUUCGUGUCACCAACCGCCGAGAACAGCGGCGACGAGGCCAAGGAGAAGCAGCGAUGCACCUACUCUGACUGCGGCAAGGUGUUCAAGGACAUCAAGGCGCACAUGCUCACACACCAGACGGAGCGCCCUGAGAAGUGCCCCAUCCAGACGUGUGAGUACCACUCCAAGGGAUUCGCGCGCAAGUACGACAAGAACCGGCACACCUUGACGCACUACAAGGGAACCAUGGUGUGCGGCUUCUGUCCUGGCUCUGGAUCUCCCGCCGAAAAGUCCUUUAACCGCGCCGAUGUCUUCAAAAGGCAUCUGACGGCCGUGCACGGCGUGGAGCAAACCCCGCCAAACAGCCGCAAGAAGACACCGGUCGGCAACAAUAGUGGGAAGAAGCUUACCGGCUAUGCCGCCGAUGCCACGGGCAAAUGUAGCACAUGUUCCUCCACGUUCUCGAAUGCUCAGGACUUUUAUGAGCAUCUGGACGACUGCGUGCUGCGCAUCGUGCAGCAGGAGGACCCGGCCGAGGCUGUGAACGCCCAGCUUCUCGGGGAGGUCCUCAACGACAAGGACGUACUGAAAACCCUGGCCAAAAACAAGGUCAGCGAUGCUUCGGACCCCAUGCACGAAGACGGCGAGUCUGAACAGGACGGCGAGGGCGAACUCGAUACGGACGCCCAGACCGCAGAGGAUGACGCCAAGGUCUUUGGCGAGCACCGCUCUGACGCUGGCGUGCGCAAGUCGCGCGGUCUCACACAUUCGCGUGGCGGUGUGCCGGCCAAGGUCAAGUCCAAGGACCGCAAGCCCAAGCGCUACCCGACAUCGUGGGGCGACAACUCCGCUCGUGCCCAGAACAUGAAGAAGCGCGUCAUGGCUUGCUUUGACGGUCCGCGACGAUUGGUCAAGGAUGAUAUGCUUCUCUCUGUGGAGCACGAGGUCCGUCUGAAGCUGGCAGAUGGGAAGCACUACGUGACCGACUUGGACAUGCAAACGCUCAAGCGCGCCGAAGGAUUCCUCGGUGCCACAGACGAGGAGAGGGGACCGUGGAUUGCGGAUGAUCCCACCGACGAGCAAAUCGAGCAGAUGCUCAAACUCUGA